UAGUUAAAUUUUUUUAAUAAGACGAAUGGUCAAACACGUACUAAAAAGUCAACGGUGUCAAACAUUGUGAAACGGAGGGAUUAGUAGGGAGGAGGGUUCGAAUUGACUUCACGAGUUUGUGACAGGUAUGUAUUGUUUCCGAUUUCAUACAUUGCUAUCAAUAUCGAUGUAUCAGUCAAUUUUCUUGUUUACGUCUUACCAAUUUAUUUUCCGCAUUUACUCUUUUUUCUCAAACUGUCAUAUCGUUGCCGACAUUUUAUACUAAGUUUUAAGAAGAUGUCCCAUUUUAAGGAGUAAACGGGACUAAACCUUACAAUGCCACUUUGGCUCCACAGUGGAUUAAUUCGUCACCGCCCUAUUAAUUCCACUUCCUUGGAAAAUGGCCAGGCAGAUGCGACUACAACAGCUAAAAGACAUCACAGGCAACUUCUCAAAAGAGCAGGAACUUGGUCGUGGUGGAUUUGGAGUAGUCUACAAGGGUAUUCUUAAAAAUGGGGUAUCCGUGGCUGUGAAGAGGCUUGAGGUCAAUCCUGGAAUACAGGACAAACAAUUUAAGAACGAGGUUAAUCAUCUCCUAGGGCUAAAGCACCAAAACAUAGUACAAUUAUUAGGCUACUGUGACGAACGACAAGAGAGAUUGAUAUACGAUGAGUACCAACGAAAAUACAUUUGUGCUGAGGUGCAAGAAAAGUUACUCUGUUACGAGUAUAUGCCAGAGGGAAGCCUUGAUGAGAUAAUUUUUGAUCAAUCGUGUGGUCUUGAAUGGUGUGACUGUUAUGCAAUUAUCAAAGGAAUAUGCAAGGGUCUGUGCUACCUUCAUGAGGAAUGCCAAAGAAAGCCUAUUAUUCAUUUGGACCUAAAGCCGAGCAAUAUAUUACUGGAUGAUAACUUGGUGCCAAAAAUUGCUGAUUUUGGCUUGUCAAGGCUCUUUGGUGAAGAACAAACACGAACUUGUACCACAAUGGUUAUACGAUCAAUAUAGGUCAAUUUCCUUUUCGAGGUUAUAUGGCACCAGAGUACUACAGCGAAGGAGAAAUCUCUUCAAAGUCAGAUGUAUAUAGUUUCGGUAUUCUAAUCCUAGAAAUCGUGACAGGAGAGAAAAACCAACGAAGCCGUGUGGAUCCAUCUGGCCAGCGCUAUAUUAGUACUGUACGGAACAAAUGGUCAAGGAUGUCGAAAAUAAUGUUACAGUCUUCAUCCCUGGACGCAGAUGGCUGCCAACAAGUUGAUGAUGUUUUAAAAUUGGGCUAAAUUGUGUGGACUUAGAUCCACGUAGAAGACCCUUGGCAAGUCAAAUAAUUAAUAUGCUUCCAUGGGAAUGUAAGAAAAAUGAAGGAAUGCCAUCAGAGCUUGUUCCAAAAUCUUCAGACGGCAGCUGUACUAGUUCGGCGGUGACCAAUUACGUAACACUUGUACAAGUAACACAUGCUCAUUUCUAAUUAAAUUAUAGUACAUAUUUGGUACAUAUAACAUAUUCUGGUGCUUUUGUAAGAUAGUCAUAGGUAUUAUAUGUGGAAACGGCUGGUGAGGUAUUAUGCCUAGUACCGAUGCCUAAAUAUAGAGUAGUGGUGCGUACUCCCUCCUUCACAUAAUAAUAAUGGAUUUUGGGUGGACGUGACACAUCCUAGUACGCACAAAAUCUCUUAUAUUAUAGGACGGAGGGAGUAGAUCACAAGUAUCCAAACUAAAAAACCAUAUUGGUCAUCUUUGUAACCUGUGAGCAUUGUACCUAGUAUCCAUAGGAUCAGGCUUGGGUGUCGUAUCAGGCUACUAGUUGUAUCAUAUGUGGAAUCAACGGGGUAUUAUGUAUGGUAUAUAUAGAUAUGAUAGGUAUCA